AUGACAAAGGAGACAGUGACUUCAAUGGAGGAUAACGACCUUCCACCUAAGAGCGCUGAUCAUGUGGAGGAGGCCGUCCUUGCGAGCCUGACGGAUGAGGACAUUUGGAAACUCUCAAGGGAAUCACUGAAUGUUUACUCCUGGACUGGCUUUCGUCUAUUUCUCAUCAUGUUCGUGAUGGGAUGCAACCAGGCAGGCUUUGGUGUGGAUUGGGCCGUCAUCGGUGGUAUUAACGCUCUCGAUUCCUGGCACUCGUACUUUGGAUUUGGCACCAGUGGAAGCACUUAUGGUCUUCUUAACGCGCUGAUGAACAUCGGCACCGUCUGCGGUGCUCCUUUCCUGGCCCUUUCCGAUGUCUUUGGCCGUCGUGGCGUUAACUUCGUCGGUAACUUGAUUGUCAUCGUCGCUUCUAUCCUUCAGGCCACUGCGCCCAACUUGCAUGCGUUGCAGGGUGGGCGUUUCCUCAUGGGGUUUGGAUCUGCCUUGCUCUCCAGUUCCCAGUACAUGGGUGAGAUCUCUCCCGUUCAUCUACGUGGUAUAAUGGUCGGGUUCUUCGGCGCCUGUUUCCAGAUCGGCAGUCUGGCUAUGACCGCUGCGUUGAUCGGAAUAUCUAAUUUGGAGGGUAACUUGGCCUGGCGCCUCCCUUUGCUACCUCACAUGGUGUUCCCGGCUCUCGUUUGCAUCGGAAUCUACACGCUCUGCCCAGAGUCACCUCGUUACUAUGUCAUGCGCGGCAACCGUGAGGCCGCCAAACGUGUGGUUGCCAAGUACCACACUACCAGCGGAGACAUUAACCAGCCCAUCAAAUUCUGGGAUUACUCGGUCUUCUUCACCAAAACUGUGCGCUACCGCCUGUUCGUUCUCUUCCUGUACUCUGUCUUUCAGCAGUGGAACGGCGGUGGUAUCAUCGGCUACUACGUGAAUGGUUCCCGCCUUGAGACAAUCGGCAUUCACGGCUCAAUGCAGCAACUUGGAAUCUCUCUCGGCACGACAGCCACCUAA